ACACACAGUACAUUACUGCAUCACUGAAUACCCCUACCCUACCCUACCCUACCCUAAGGCAAGUUCCUUUCUUUUUCUUCUUUCAAAUCAAACCACGUCCCUCUCUCCUCUCUGUUUUUCACUACACCAUCAAGAAGGACUUUUAGGCAAGAAUAUUAAUGGAGAGGGGACCCAAUAUUAUUAUGGAUAUGGAUAUGAACAAAGACAAAGUGAUUUCAAAUUCUCAGUUGCUUUCUUCAUCUUUAAAAGGGUUUAAGGACAAGAUCAUCACCACCAACAACAUGCCCUCAUGGCUUCUCACCAGCAUUUCUGAUUUGGAAGAGAGGAUGAAAAUGUUGGCUAUUGGAACAAAUGAAGAUGAAGAAGAAGGUGACACUUUUGCAGAAAGAGCAGAAGCUUAUUACCAAAAGAGACCUCAACUACUUUCACUUCUGCAAGAUUUGUACAAUGGCUAUAUAACUUUAUCUGAUCGUUAUAUACAAACACUUGCAAAACAUAAACAUCAUAGUAGACACUCUUCUCAAGUUUCAACAUUGGAGGAUGGUUUCUAUGACCAAGAAGAAGUUAUUAGUGGUGUGAGUCAAGUUGAUUCGGAUAUCGAAAGUUCAAUCUCUUAUCAACAAAUGUUACCUUUGAUGAAGGGAAAUUUACUUGAUGUUGAUGCAAUUGUAGCUGAGCUUGUGAUGAAGAAUGUUAUGUGUGAUUUUUUGGUUCAUGAGGUUGGUGUCAUGGAGAAGAAAUAUUGCGAGUCUUCGAGGAAAAGUGAGUUGCAAAAGAGUUUGCUUGAGGUUUUGGAAUCUGAGAGACUUGUUUUGUUGAAUGAGAAUGCUGGUUUGAGUUAUAGAGUUAAUACUUUGGUUGAAGAGAACAAAGAACUUGCGUCCGAGUCGGUUUUCAUCAAGAGAAAAGCCGGUGAGUUAGCUAAAUGUGUGUUGAAGAUGAGGGAGGAUCAUAGAGUUUAUCUUUUGCAUAGGAAAAUUGAAGAUCUUCAAGGACAGAUACAUGGUUUGGAGAAGAGGAAUAAGGAGUAUUAUGAGAGACUUUUGAGAAGAGAGAAUCAAGAAAAUGGUGGAUGUAUGGGGAAUAAAGGGAAAAAUGGUGAAGGGAUAGCUUUGGAAGUUCAUGUUCAAAUGGAGAAGCCUAGAAGGUUUAAGUGGAAAGAAGAAGGAAAUUCUUCUAGGAAGAAUAUUGAUGGGAAGAAAAGUCAUAGCUUGUGGAAAAAGUUGAAGAACAUGGACUUAUUGUUGUGUGGAACAAAUCCAACUUGUGCUUGAUCUUGAUUGAACGGUUUAGAUGUGACUGACUGCAUCGAGAUCCGAAGUUUCUUCUUAGCGUCCACCAAAUAUUUAUAUCUAUAUACUUCUUGGCUGUUGAAAGCUUGUAGCAGUAGUAAUAGGUUUCUAGGUUAUUAUUAAGCAUAUGUUUGGUUUUGUAUUUGACUACAAAACCAAUCAUCUUUUCGGGAAAACUCGUCGCGCAACUAAACAGAAACUAAGUUAGUUUUGGUGUAUAUUUUAAUAUGAACUUUAGCUAAGUCUUGAUAAACUAAUUGUAAAUUAGUUAACAUCAGCUAGAGAGUCAAUACUUUUGCCUCUAUUAAUAGUUGGUGGUCUAAUUAUUUGUUUUUUUGUUGUUUUUGUUAAAACAUUUGCUUAACAAAAGUAUGUGAUGCAUCAUCCAAGGAUGGUGUAACGAGUGAUUAUUAGCUUUAAUGUUGAAUUGAAUGCCCUUUGCAUUAUUA